AUGUUCGUAGUUAUUAUCGGUAGUACCAUAUCGAGUACUUAUCAUCUCUAUUUCGUACAACUGAGACUUUUGGAAAUUUUCUAAGCCAAUUUUACGAGAGGAUGCAGGGACUUGGAUUAAACAGUCUUAAGAAGAAUCCAGCGCUUAUUCCGCUGUAUGUUUGUGUCGCUGCUGGAGCUGUUGGGGCGGUCUAUUAUAUGGCCCGCUUGGCUUCCAGAAACCCAGAUGUUACAUGGAAUCGGUCCUCUAACCCAGAGCCAUGGCAAGAGUAUAAAGAUAAGCAAUAUAAGUUUUAUUCUCCCAUCAGGGAUUAUUCGAAAACUAAGAGCGCUGCACCAAAAUUUGAGGAGUAAAGAUGAUUUAUCUAAUAUGUAAUUAGUUAAUCGCUGAAUGUUAUUUGAAUAAACGCAAUAGAUAUCUUGCAGAGGUAUAACUAUAA